UCAUGGCGAAAUUCGUUUUGUAUUUUGUUUUCACGAUUGUUGGUUUUGGUCCACAUUUCAACGCUGAAAAUGUCGACAAAAGAAUUCUGCUGAACGAUCCCGAUCUGGUCCAUACUCAGAUACAAGCCAUUCAACGGGAGCUUGAGACGGUUAAAACUCAACUUGCCGCUCAGGUCAACAUUAACUCCGCUUACCAAGCGGAAAUUGAUUCUCUUAAACGUGUCAACAAUCAAUAUUCAAGCCAAGGGUCUACAUAUACCAUUUGGGGCAAGAAAAACUGUCCUUCGAACAACGGUACAAAAGCAAUCUACAGUGGAAUAGCUGGUGGGGGGCAUUAUAACCAACCUGGAAACGGCGCCAACACUCUUUGUCUCCCACACAAUCCGGAUCCAGCUCCGUCGGAUUUUCCAACUCAUUUUCAACACGACGACAAGUCACUGUCUGGGUUUUUAUAUGGGUCAGAAUAUCAGUACACGUACAGGAAUGUUGCAGUAGAUGAUGAUGUCCCCUGUGCUAUAUGUAGUGUUGCGCAUGCGUCAUCCGUUAUAAUGAUACCUGCCAAAAUGACCUGUCCAACGGGAUGGUCAAAAGAAUAUGCAGGAGUCUUAACAGCAUCAGCUCAACGGCCUGUUCAUCACAUUGGAGAGUAUUUGUGUGUAGAUGAAAAUGCUGAGUAUCUCUCGGAGGGAGCUCGUCAACAAGAUUAUAAUGGAAGGUUGUUUUAUCCCGUCCAAGCAGCCUGUGGUUCACUCCCAUGUCCGCCGUAUAAGGCGUCACAGCUGAUCUCUUGUGUAGUGUGUUCAAAAUAAAAGAGUU